UGAAAUUCCCUCCUGGAUUCCAGCUGCAACUACACUGACUGAUAGACUUAAGGAAUAUUUUAUUGGAGGAUCUCAUCAGCUUUUAAAUCUGGAUAUUAUUAGCUUAGGAAAUGAUAGAUUUAAGUUGAAAACUCGAUCCAAAGGUAUUAUCAAAUUAAACGUUGAUAUUGUAUUAAGAAACUUCAGCAAAUUUGGAGUUGAAUAUAAAUAAGGACAAUGAGAAUUAUCACCUACUUUGCAUUUACAUUACUAUCGGUCUUAAUACAGUUUUGUGUGAUGGAUUAUAUUCAAGGCAAAACACAAUUAGAUAGUAAACAUAUAGAUCCUGAUGUAUCUACUCCAAAUAAACAAACCAAAGAGAAACUGCAAUACAUUCCUGAUAAGCCCCAUGCUCUAUACUAUCGCACAGCUGAGCCAUAUAAUGUGCUACCAAAGAAGAUAAUAUUCUAUAAUGAUUCUAUACCAGACUUCACAUUUACAACCACAGAUAAUUUAAACACAAUAUUGGACGUAUUUUAUGAUGAAAAUAGUUCAAUAUACAAUAUUUCUACUACAGAAACAUUUUUCACAAGCACUGAAUCUGAGAUAGUUACAGAGUUAACUAUAUUUGAAAUCAAGAAUCAAACAACAAACAAACCCAAUGACUAUGCAAAAGAGUCAAGCAAUAAAAACUGUUUAUGUAAUUUUUUGUACAAGGUAUGCGAUAUUAAUUGUUGUUGUGAUGGAGACUGUUCAGAAGAAGAAAAACAAUUAUUUAAUUGUUCAAAGGUAGUUCCACAAAAUGGGCCUAACAGCAAAAGUUGUAGCUUGUAUCUGUUUCAUAACUAUUUUGGUAAAUUCAUUGAUAACCUAUUCUGCGUAGUGCAAACGAACUUGCCAGAAAAACGAAAGGUUGCACAGUACAAACCGCAAUUACAGGAAGUUGGUCAAUAUUUUAAAUGGAUAUCUAUUAAUAUACCAAACAUUUCACGAGAUUUUCAAAGGAAACCUUAUGCUAAGGGAGAUUAUUUGUGGAUUUUAAAAAACGGAGAUAUUUUCCAUUUAGAUUUACCAUAUGCAAAUAUUAACAAUUUCUGCACAAACAGAAAACCAAUUAGAUUUUUGAAUAAUGAGAAGAUUAAAUGUAAUGUGAAACUGAGUGAUAUUGAGAUGUUUAAUGUUAAGAGAAUUUCUGAAGUGACUUCAAUUAUUAGUGUCUUGAACUCUACAAUGAAUAGUACAAUAUUGAAUUGUUCUACCCUUCACUGCGCUAACUGGACUGUAUUAGCGUGCAACGAACAAUCCUGUUCCCGUUACGACGAGCACGUUCACGAACCAAAGUGCGUAGAGAAUUUUUGCACAAACCUCGUUUUGGAACUUGAUUACAUAUUCAAUUAUUACGAUUCGAAAAUUACGUAUUCGACACUUAAGUUUUACGUACAAAAUAUGUCGAUCGUUCUACCGUUUUUCACUCAGAUAGUCAACGUGAAUUUUGUCAUGUCCAAUCGCUCACUGGACAAUGUUACACGCUUAAGUGGAACUCCAGGAUAUGUGGACGGUCGACCUUUAUUAGUCUCAUACGCAGAAGGAAAUCGCACUGAUGAUUUCUACGAUGAUCCAAUAGAGGCAAAAGCAUUUAAGUCUUUCUCGCUCCCUGGAAAUGUACAAGGGAAAUGCGUUUACAAUAACAAAACAGAUAAUCAAAUAGUUUUCGGAUAUAACAAGAGGCUAAAAUGUAGACACGAGCAUAAAUACUUCAUAGACGUAACGGAUGCUAAAAGUUGUAGGUAUAUUCAAAACAACUUAACCAAAGCUUUAAAUUUGGUUGGCAAAAUAUUUGUAUCGCCCCUCGGAAAUCCUGAAGGCUUAAAAGAUGAAGAUUGGAUUAAUUUGAAUACGAACACGAUUGACUCGUCUAUAGUUUACGGUGAGUAUGAUAAAAAAACUAAGAAUUUGCAGUGUUACAAUUUGGCGACGAGAUAUUUUUUUCAAUUCACUUGUAUUACUAUAAACGAGGAGCGAAGUAAUAGAAUAAUAUAUGCUUCAAUUGAAGUCACAAGAAAGAAUAUAAGUUUGAUUGAGGAUUCUGUUUCGACUUUGGUAACUUUAGAUGUAAGUUUUAUAGAUGUAACCAAACCGGCGGCGUUCGAGUAUGCACACGGACCACGUUUGAACAUACAUUUGCCUGAAAACUUCUUCUAUCCGUAUCGUUCUAAAGCUUCAAGCUUUAUUACAUUGUGUAAAUAUUCCAUCGAUUUACUAUUUUAUUUAUGUCUUCUAUGUUUCACAAAUAAAAUAACUUUUCAUUAACUUAUAAUUUUU